GCAGGCUGCUGCUGACGUUUUAAUAACACAUGGUGUUUACAGCAGGAGGAGCUGGAAGUCCUGUUCUUACUGACUGGAGUCAUAUAUCUGAGGAAAAAUGAACUGAUUUCUGAUUUUCUUGUUUUGGUAGCUGAUUAUUCCUCUUUUUAUUUCCUCAGCAUGGAAUGAUAUGGGACUCUGUACAAGGGUCAGUGUUGGGAGCGCGCCCUGCUACAUCCGGGUGUCCUUGCUCUGCACCUGUUGCUGUUUAACCAGGAUAGGUUGUAAUGGAAACCCUGCCAAUAGGCUGGACUGUGCACACCUGUGACCAGGAGGGAAACGGUGCAGGGCUGUUGAAGGAGGGAGUCCCCGAUGUUACCAACACAAACACACACGUCCAUGAUCUGUUUCAUGAAGAUGCACAGGGCCUCCAGCAGUCCAGCCAGCCGUGGUGGAGGAUCAAACUGUUUGUGUGGGAGCCGGUGCUCUUCGGCACCUGGGAUGGAGUUUUCACCACCUGCAUGAUCAACAUCUUCGGUGUGGUGCUAUUCCUACGUACCGGCUACCUGGUGGGGAACACGGGCGUGCUGCUCGGGAUGUUCCUGGUGUCGAUGGUUGUGCUGGUUGCCUUAGUGACGGUGAUGUCGGGGAUCGGAGUGAGUGAGCACUGCGGUGUUGGGAGUGGAGGAAUCUACUCCAUGAUCUCCACCGUCCUGGGCAGCAGGGUCGGGGGCACCGUGGGCCUCCUGUAUGUGUUUGGACAGUGCGUAGCUGGAGCCAUGUACAUCACCGGUUUCUCCGAGUCGGUGGCGGAGCUGCUGGGUCUACAGAGCCAGUGGGCGGUGCGCGGCAUGUCAGCGGCGGUGUUGCUGGCACUGCUUGGAAUCAACCUGGCCGGCGUCAAGUGGAUCGUCCGACUCCAGCUGCUGCUGCUGGCCGUGCUCGCCGUCUCCACGCUGGACUUUGUCAUCGGCACCUUCACGCACCUUGACCCAGAGCACGGUUUCAUUGGUUAUUCAGCCGGGCUGCUCAGCAGCAACACGAUGCCAGAUUACACCCCAGGAGAAAACUUCUUCACGGUCUUUGGGGUCUUCUUCCCUGCUGCUACGGGGGUUAUGGCAGGCUUCAACAUGAGCUCAGACCUUCAGCGGCCUGAACACAACAUCCCUGUGGGAACGCUGGCAGCUGUCUUCACCUCGUGGUUCCUGUAUCUGGUCUUUGUCUUCCUUCUCGGGGCCAUCUGCACCAGAGAAGCUCUGCGCUAUGACUUCUUGAUAGCAGAAAAGGUCUCCUUGGUGGGCUUCCUCUUUCUGCUGGGCCUCUACAUCUCGUCCCUGGCUUCCUGCAUGGGCGGCCUGUACGGAGCACCCAGGAUCCUCCAGUGCAUCGCCCAGGAGAGGGUCAUCCCCGCUCUGGCCUUCCUGGGAAGAGGGAAAGGCCCAAACAAGACUCCAGUAGCAGCCAUCUGUCUGACAAGUCUGCUGACUUUGGCCUUCGUUUUCAUCGGUCAGGUCAACGUGCUGGCCCCCAUCGUCUCCAUAAACUUCAUGCUCACCUACAGCAUCAUCGACUACUCCUACUUCAGCGUGGCCAUGACCUUUCAGCUGCAGACUAAAGACAAGAAGGACACCUUCGUCACAGCCAAAAGAAACCAGGGUGGGUCCACCAGGCAGAGCUCCAGGCCUCUGAUCGAGGCCGCCCUCCCGAGCUACGGGAGUGGAGGUGAGAGUCCGCAGGGUAAAGGAACUCUGUUGGAGUUCACCAAGGACAUGGACCAGAUCUUUCCCCCCGUGUCAAAUGUUGAUGCCGGGGCUGAGAAGACCUCCUCCAAGGGCAAAAAGGCUAACGUCACUACUAAGCAGAUGCUGAUGAACAGCUUUGGCUUGGACCUAAACAGCAAUAGGUUCUCAGAAGAGAGAGGAGAGGAGACGAGUUCAGCUCCGCCACAUGAAGAAGCUGAGGUGCAGUGUGGUGGAGGCGUGGAGGCUGGAGAAGAACCACAAGUCAAAACACACCAUGCUGAGCAGGAUUCAUCUGCUGACCCUCCCAAUCACAGCACAGGUGCUGGAGGUAAAGCGGAGCACCAGAGCUUUGAAAUCAAACCCAUGCAGGACUCACUGUAUGCAAAGUUCUGCAACCACUGGGCUGCUCUUAUCGGGGCAUUGAGCUCCAUAUUGAUUAUGUUUGUUAUUCAGUGGGCGUACGCCUUAGCAAACAUAGUCUUUGCCUUGCUGCUCUUCUUCUACAUCGGGAAAACAAGUCCUGGACUACCUACAGGUAUCGCGGCUCGAUUCAGCUUUUUCACGUGGCUCAAAUCAACAUUGAGUAGCAUUUGCAGGAGUAAAGGACCUCCUCGGGAUGAGAUCGUAGUCACCCCCUCUCUGUCCACGGUCGGGCUGAAAACCAAGCAGCUGACGGAGGAAAAUGCUGACUUUGCCUCUCGUCACCGCCAUCACCAUUCCUCUUUCAUCUGGGCAGGCAAGAUGGUGCAACCACCACUCCACUGACUGACUUAAACACUGCCUCUGUGACAUGUCAUACAGCUGUCAGCCUGAAACCACACUCACUGCCUCAAACCGUGGCUCAUGUUGCCUUGUGGGCCACAUUCUGCACACAUAUUGUAUUUAACAGACAUUCAGUGGCUCAGAUCAUGUUUCUUCCAUAAAAGUAAAAAUGAAAAUAGUUUUUUUUGUCUUAAUAUACUUUAUGGGUUUAACUUUUGAAGUAUCACAAAAGGUUUAAUUAAAUGUUAAUUUACUUCUG